AUGGUAGGAGGGAGUGGUAACAACAAUGAUGGAGGAGAGCUAAGUGAAGUUGUGAGGCAGUUGGCAGCUGUUGCCCAACAAUUAGCAAGGAACUCAACCAAUAAUGUAGAUGCUCAGGGAGAGCUAUUUAAGAAGGUGGCGCAGAGUAAGCCACCAACCUAUCAAGGAGAGCCUGAUCCAACUAUACUGGAAAACUGGUUGAGGGAGUUUGAGAAAUUGUUUGGGCCAGUAGGGUGUCCUAAGAACUCAAAAGAGAAGGUUAGGGACAAGUUUUACCCUAGCUUCUUACAGAAACAAAAAGCUAAGGAAAUUUCUAACCUUGUAAUGGGGAAUAUGUUGGUCACUGAAUACUACACCAAGUUUAUUGAGCUGUCACGAUUUUCUAAAGAGUAUGUAUCUAUAGAAAAGUCUAAGGCUAGGAAGUUUGAGAGUGGACUGACUACUGAUUUGCAGUUAAAGCUAUGUGGGAAACUAUUUGAAACCUUAGAUGAAGUGUAUGGGAGAGUUGCACACCUAUAUGCCUUAGAAUUAAAGAAAAGGAAAGAGAUAGCUAAAGUGGAAGGAAAGAGAAGAGAAAAGAGGUGGGACAGAACUCUGGAAACCCGCAAGUUAGGACACAGGGAGUAUGAAUGUUUCUCCAAGGAUCCCAAUCGAAACAAACAGGGCAUUAAUCAAGGAGGGGUUCAGAGAAACUUUCAGGGAAGCAACAACUAUUCAGGAAAUAAGGGGGCACAGAAGAAUGGAGCGAAAGGCAACAACAAUAAUAAUGUGGGAAAUCAGGUGAAGAGUGGAGCUCCAGGGAAACUGAAUCUGAUGAGUAGACAUGAGGCUGAUUCCACGAAAGAUUUCAUCACUGAUACCUUUUCUAUUAACUCAAUUCCUGUUAAAGUCUUGUUUGAUUUUGGUGCAACUUUUUCUUUCAUUUCAAAGCCCAUUGUUUCAAAAUUAUCAAACUGUUUAAAAACCAUAGAUGAGGUAGAUUUGCCUAUAGUUAUUCCUACGGGUGGGGUAGUAAAGUGUAACAAGACCUUUAAAAAUGUACCUUUAGAAAUCGAAGGAAAAGUGUUUUUGUCAGAUCUCAUUGAGUUUGGGUUGAGUAACUUUGAUGUCAUUUUGGGAAUAGAUUGGUUGAGCAAGUUCAGCGCAGAGAUUAUUAGCUGUCGAUCAUAG